ACGGAAUUCAGCUGCGCCGCGUGAAAAAGAAAGACAGCGAACGCGAAAGUUUCCGCAAAGAGAAAGAGAACAAUCCGCUAGCCGGAGUAAAACUGCGCAAAACGUCCGUCCAAACCAAAGAGCCCCAACAGAAUGGAGAGGAAAAGGAUAGUUUCUUCGUCAAGCCGCAACUCAAACCGGUGCCCCAGAGGGAGAAAUCCCCACCCAAAAAGGAUCACAAAAUUCAUGACCUGCCCAAACUGAAUAAAGUGGAAGAAAGGAAACUGAGUGAUCGAAAACCGUCACUGCUCAGACGAGACAGCACAAUAGAAGACUUGGAAAUUGAUCGAGAACUGCCAGCCAAACGAAACUCUGUGGUUCGAGCGGAAUCAGUGCGGAAACUAUCACUACACGGUCCGGCGCCGCCACCGAUGCCGCCUCCGCCCCCUGGGAUGCCGGGAGAAACUCCCAAAAAACUGCUGACCGAUAAACAGUCCAAAAAGCUGGAACUACUCAAAUCUAGGCCCAAAGUGCGCCCAGACUGGUCAGCAACCCUCAAAGAAAUCGAGGGCGGCAGGAAGCUGAAGCACGUCGAAUGCAAUGACCGAUCGCAGCCCAUCCUGCCCGAGGGCAAAGCCCAAGAGCACUUUUUGUACGACAGCGAAAAACCCAAUGUACACAACGAACUCCUAAAGCAGAUCGAAACCGGCUUCAAGCUGAAGAAAGUGCAGACCAACGACAGAAGCAAACCGAUGCUAGAGGGGCUUCGCAAGUUCCGCCGCCAGAUGACCAUUGAAGAACAAAUUCAAAAGUCCAUGUCCAUGGCCAGCAUACCGCCGGUAAGCGACGAAAUUGCGCCAGAAGAAGUAGAUGAGCUAGACGACAUUGACAAGGUGCGGGACGACCUCCAGAGCACCAAACAAAUGCUAGCCUUAGAGCUGCGCAACAAGGAAGCCCAAGAGAUGGAAAACAAACGGCUGCUGCAAAGGAUUGCGAAUAUGGAGGCCGAACUGGAGAAAGCUAAGGCGGGCGGCGGUCACACCAAAGCUGCCAGCACCGCUGAUGACAAGGUUAUUCAGUCACUUAAGAAGGAAGCGGACCAGUCGCGCAAGAACUCGGAACAAAUCGAAAAGCGGUACACGGAAGCGAUGAAAACUCUGGAUACCACCAAACUUCAGCUCGAAGACACCAAAAGAAAGAAUGCGGAAUUGGAGAAAAAGCUGUUGGAUGCCCUGGGAGGUAAACGAGUGUCCAUUGGUAGUUUGCGGCAAAACAGCGUGGUAAAUGGGGGAGACGAUGACGAGAUGGCUGACGAUGAGACUGAAGAGGAAAGUGACGGCGAAGACACGCCAGAGAAACGAGAAAAGCGUUUACAAAAAGAGGUGAAGCAACUAGGAAACAAAUUGAGGAAUUUCAAAAAUAAGGAAGACAACGCCAAAAAGGAGCGCAUAGCCCUCAAAGAGAUCAUCAAAAAGAACCAAUUGGCCAUCAAGGAGGAAAAGAAACGAUACAAUAAGAUUAAAAAAGAGGUGGACAAAAUGGCAGCCCUCCUUAAGGACGUGAGCGAGGAUGAGGACGAAGACGAGGAAGAGAAGGAUGACGACGAGGAGACAGAGGAGGAAGAAGAGAGCAGCGACGAGGAGACUGAAACCGAGAGCGAUACAGACGAGAGUGAUUCUGAAAAGAGUCUAAGUGAACCGGAAGACGCCCCUCUGGAGAAGAAAAAGACGAAUUUGGCAAGCCGGUCAAAGAGACAUGAAUCCAGAUUAGGAGCUCUAAAGAAGGGCAACUUCUUGCUCAAGACCAAUGCUGAAAGGUUACAAGACGAUCUCAACAAACAGAAGGAAAUGACUGCAGGUUUGCAGGAGGACCUGGAUUCGGUCCUAUCAGAAUUAGGAUAGAAUCGCUAUUAAUAUUUAGGAAAGCUAAUGAUUGUAAAGCGUUAUGAUAAUUUUACUAUAUCUUGUGAAUUUGUAUUAUAACAAAUAUUGGAAAAUGUGACAAUAAUUACAGGGUUCAGGCUUGGUCCACAGAGUUGAGUUACAUUAUAAUUUGGAAUUCAAUGGAGGCAUUCGGGAAUGGUCAACCUUGUGAAACAAGCUGAAAAGUGUAAAUAUACAACAGUUUUGACAAGGGAACAGCGAACUUAUCCUUGACGAUUAACAUCAGCAUUAUACUACCUUUUUUAUAUUACUUAUGCAUAUCUUUGUGGUGAUGUACUCUCAAAGUGGGAUAAUAAAGUGUGAUAUGUAGCUAUCAAAAACGUA